AUGAACCUCCACGCGGGCAGGGCGUCCGUGGCCAUGCUGCGGAUGAUGGGCUGCGCUAACGGCCGCUCCGCGCGCCAUCUGCUCCACAGCGACUGCGUGGUGGACGAGAAGACGGUGGUGCUCCAGAAGAAGGAGAACGAGGGCUUCGGCUUCGUCCUGCGGGGGGCCAAAGGACGCGGGGAGGGAAAAGGAGAGAGGGGGGGGGCGGGGGGGGGCUAA